ACUGGGCCAUAAGUGACACUGGGAGGGGAAACAGAAUAAACUGUAAGCUGGGGCUGCUGUAGGAUCCAUCUUUGCUGGAAAAACACUCGUUGGUGGAGGCUUUUCUCGCUCCAGCGCACAGGAAUCGGCACCGCUGCCCGUCGAGCGCGCUGGGGAGCCCGAGGCGGGGCUGUGCCGCUGUUUGUAGGAUGUCCCGACAUGAGGGCGUGAGCUGCGACGCGUGUUUGAAAGGCAACUUCAGAGGCCGGCGGUUCAAGUGCUUGAUCUGCUACGACUACGACCUGUGUGCGUCGUGCUACGAGAGCGGCGCCACCACCACCAGACACACCACAGAGCACCCCAUGCAGUGCAUACUGACCCGGGUGGACUACGACCUGUACUACGGAGGAGACACGUUCUCGGUGGAGCAGCCGCAGUCCUUCACCUGUCCGUACUGCGGGAGGAUGGGCUUCACAGAGACGUCCCUCCAGGACCACGUCACGGCCGAGCACUCCGAGACGUCCACGGAGGUGAUCUGCCCCAUCUGUGCUGCCUUGCCCGGGGGCGACCCCAACCACGUCACCGACGACUUCACAGCUCACCUCACCCUGGAGCACAGAGCGCCCCGAGAUUUAGACGAGUCCAGCAGCGUGCGGCAUGUCCGCAGGAUGUUCCACCCGGGCCGGGGGCUGGGCGGGCCCCGCGCACGGCGGACCAACAUGCACUUUACCAGCGGCUCCACGGGGGGCCUGUCCUCCGCCGCCUCCCAGAGCUCCGCCUACACCCCCAGCAACCGUGAAGCCAUGGACCCCAUCGCAGAGCUGCUGUCCCAGCUGUCGGGCGUGCGGCGCGCCGCCGGCGGCCAGAUCAACUCGUCGGGGCCGUCGGCCUCGCAGCUCCAGCAGCUCCAGAUGCAGCUGCAGCUGGAGCGGCAGCAGGCCCAGGCGGCGCGGCAGCAGGCGGAGACGGGCCGCCACGCCGCGCGGCGCGGCAACAACCCGGGGAGCGCCGGCGCCGCCGUGCCGCCGCCCAGCGCCGCCGCCGCCGCCCCGGUGGGGGACGGCCACCCCGCCUCCUCGUCCCACAGCUCCCAGUUCCUAUUAGCACGGUUGAACGAGCCCAAGAUGUCGGAGGCGGAGCGGCAGAGCCUGGAGGGCGAGCGGGCCGACCGCAGCCUGUUCGUGCAGGAGCUGCUGCUCGCCACGCUCAUGCGCGAGGAGAGCUCCUCCUCCGACGAGGACGAGCGGCGGGACUUCGCCGACUUCGGGGCCAUGGGCUGCGUGGACAUCAUGCCUCUGGACGUGGCGCUGGAGAGCCUGCAGCUGCGGGAGGGCGGCUCGGCGGGGAAGGAGCCUCCGCCGCCGCCUCUUUGAUGUCCGGGCGGCCGGCAGACUGUGUCCUCUGUGCUGCUACUGUCAGUGAUGGACGGCGGACGGCAGCGGUCCCCCCUCCCCCCCUCGAUUUUCUGAGUUUGUUUUUGGGUGAUUGUAAUUUGAGGCCUGUCACCAUCUUUGUUACAUUGUAAAGAAAAAUAAAUGAGAGCAAGUGGAAUAAAUGAGAACCAGCCGAGUGAGCGAGAGCAGAGACAUAUAUAAAUAUAUAUAUAAAAUCUAUAUGAAGUUGAUAAUCAGUUGACCUAAGGUUUUUCUUUAUCAGGUAAAUGUUACAGGCGGCGGCGGCAGACCCUCGCUUCCUGUGACAUGCAGACCUCCACGUUGAACAGGUGGAGGGGGCGUGGCCUCAUCGAGCUGCUGUGUGUGUUCAUGACUAUUAAUUAAUAAAAAGUGCUUGAGUGGGUCACCAUAACUACUGCAUGCAGUUCUUUGCAGCGUGCAUGACCUUUAUCAACCCCCCGUUUGAGAACAGAAAAGGAUCCCGAGCUGAGGACUUGUUGCUUCUGUUUUUAAAGUUCCCACCCCAGAAGUGUUGCGGCGGUUUGAGUGCCGUGCAGAGCUGCGAGUCCCGGUCUGGAGGGAGCUGAGCUGCUCUGCAGGUGGCCUGGUUUGCUUUGGAGACCGGUUCCAGGGACCGUUGGUCAGGUAAUGCCACGUGUGAGCGCUGGGUGGCAGUAGUGAGCCACCUGGCUCGCUGUCCCCUCUGCUGGUGUGGCGUGGGACUGCGGGGCUGAUGGGGUUCUGUCGGUCCCUCUCGGUCCCGUCUCCUGGUUUUUCUGUUGAAGCUGCGGUUCUUUUCUUUCUCGGAGGCGUUCCGUUCAGUUCUCCUUGCUGAAGCUAGCACUUUCUAUUUAUUCUCGUUUGACCUCUGGAGUCCUGGAGCCUUGACACGCCACCUUCAUGCCUAUACUUUAACCCACUCUGUAAAA